CGUCUGCUUACUUCAAUUUAGCCCUCUCUCUCUCUCUCUCUCUAUCUCAGAGACAUAUGUGGAAGACGAACAUUGAUAUGGGUCUGAGUCCAAGUAACUUUUAAUUGUAUAAUGAGCAGAGGUCUCAACGUCUUCUUCUCAGAAGAAGAUGGUUCUGCAAGAACUUGAAACCCGACGGCUACAAAGCCCUCCAAUGCUCCUUGAUGCUCUGUUCUGUGAGGAGGAGAGUUUUGAGGAAGAGAAUGGUAUUGAUGAAGACGGGAGUGAGAACACUGAUGAGAAAAUGAAAAAGCACUCACUUUUCCGUUUCGUUCUGGUAGAGAGUGACAUGGCAUGGGAUGAUGAGGAGCUCGUGUCCCUAAUCUCUAAAGAAGGAGAAACCCAUGCGUGUCUGAGGAGUCUGAUCUCAGAUGAGCCUCUAAUGGUGGCUCGGAAAGAGGCCGUGGAUUGGAUUUUGAGGGUUAAACCGCAUUAUGGGUUCUCUGCUUUGACCAUUUUUCUCGCGGUGAAUUACUUCGAUAGGUUUGCUUCAAGGCCGACGUUCCAGAGGGACAAGCCCUGGAUGAGUAAACUCGUUGCCGUGGCUUGCCUGUCUUUGGCUGCCAAGGUUGAGGAGACCCAAGUGCACCUUCUUUUAGGCCUACAAAUGGAGGAAUCGAAGUAUGUGUUCGAAGCAAGGACUAUUCAGAGAAUGGAGCUUCUAGUGCUGUCCACUCUUCAAUGGAGGAUGAAUCCGGUGACCCCAAUGUCCUUCUUUGAUCACAUUAUCAGGAGGCUUGGUUUGAAGAACCACUUGCAUUGGGAGUUUCUGUGGAGGUGUGAGCGCCUUGUUCUCUUUCUCAUUGCCGAUUCGAGGGUUAUGACCUAUCUUCCUUCUACGUUGGCUGCUGCAACAAUGCUCCAUGUGAUUGAGGAUAUUGAGCUUUCUAAUCUACUGGAAUAUCAGAACCAUCUUAUGAGCGUACUUAAAAUCAGCGAGCAGGAAAAAGUAAAUGAGUGCUAUAAGUUCAUCCAGGAGAUAUCAGAGAGCCAUGGCCACCACAUUCACAGUCAAAGCCGCAAGCUUAAGAAUAUCUCCAUACCCAGCAGCCCAAAGGGUGUUAUCGAUGCCUAUUUUAGCUCUGAUAGCUCCAAUGACUCGUGGGCCGUGGCAUCAUUGGUUUCAUCGUCCCCAGAACCUCGUUUCAAAAGGAGCAGGGCACAGGAUCAGCAAAUGCGGUUGCCUUCACUAAAUCGUGUGUCUGUUGGUGUUCUUAGUAGCCCUCCUUAAGAGUUCACUGUCUUAAUGUCUACUAGUAAACAUGGUACUAUCGAAUUCCUCUUUUACAUAUUAUCGGGCCACCGGCAAUCUAUCUUUUCAACCUGCAAUCAUAUUUUGUUCCAUGAUUUAUCAUUGCAUUCUGGUUGAAUCUAUGACAAUGAAUUUGUAGAUCA